AACAGCCAGGCAUGACGGGAAUUGGAGUCCUAAAAAAACACCCUGAGGGCCCCAGGUUUUCCAUCCCUGGUAGAGGCGCGCUGCUCCUGAAGGUGGAGGCUCCUCCGCGGCGGUGGCUAAACCGGGACGUUGAGGCCAAGCUAAAGUGAACGAGCCGCAUUUCGACAGCGCGGUCUACUCUUUUUCCGAUAAAGAGAGGCGCCGGUGACGCCGACUGGGCCAAGCAGGCCUCGCGAGAAGGGGCGGUGUUUGCAGGCCGAAGCCCCUCCUCGGCCCGGGCGAGCGUAGCCGGCCGAGGCCUGUGAGGGAAAGGAAAAACGGGAGUCGGGUGGGCGUGUGUGUUGCGUGCAGACCCAGGGAGCAGGGGUCGUUGCCGGUCCGGCUUGUGAGAAGGAAGCAAGCGAGGCCGAACUGAGGGGCGUCUGCCUGCGGCGGGCCUCCUCCUCCUCGCCAAGAUGCCGGGCGGCGGGCGGGUGUGCGCCGUGUGCGGCGGCUCCGAGAUCGAGGUGGACUCGGCCCGGGGCGACGCGGUGUGCACGGGCUGCGGCUCGGUGCUGGAGGACAACAUCAUCGUCUCUGAGGUGCAGUUCGUGGAGAACAGCGGCGGCGGCUCCUCGGCGGUCGGCCAGUUCGUCUCCCUCGAUGCGGCAGGAAAAACGCAAACGGUUGGAGGAUUUCAUGUCAACUUGGGAAAGGAAUCGCGGGCACAGACUCUCCAGAAUGGAAAACGGCAGAUUCAUCAUUUGGGAAACCAGCUGCAACUUAAUCAGCAUUGCCUUGACACAGCCUUCAAUUUUUUCAAGAUGGCAGUGAGCAAACACUUAACCCGUGGGAGGAAGAUGACCCACGUGAUCGCAGCUUGCCUUUACCUGGUGUGUAGGACGGAAGGCACUCCACACAUGCUGCUUGACCUCAGCGAUCUCCUUCAGGUGAAUGUCUACGUCUUGGGGAAAACUUUUCUUCUGUUGGCCAGAGAGCUCUGCAUAAAUGCUCCAGCUAUAGAUCCAUGUUUAUAUAUCCCUCGUUUUGCCCAUAUGCUGGAGUUUGGCAAGAAGAACCACGAGGUUUCGAUGACUGCCCUAAGGCUCCUGCAGCAGAUGAAGAGAGACUGGAUGCAUACAGGGCGGCGGCCAUCAGGGCUUUGUGGUGCAGCUCUUCUAGUUGCAGCACGAAUGCAUGAUUUUCGGCGCACUGUUAAAGAAGUCAUCAGGGUUGUCAAAGUUGGUGAAUCAACACUAAGGAAAAGACUUACAGAGUUUGAAGACACACCUGCAAGUCAGCUAACAAUAGAUGAGUUCAUGACAAUUGAUUUGGAAGAGGAAUGUGACCCUCCUUCAUUUACAGCUGGUCAACGAAAGAUAAAGAUUCAGCAGCUUGAGAAGGAGCUGUCAAAAAAGCUUGAAGAGUUAGAAGGUGAAAUAUCAAGCUACCAAGAUGAAAUAGAGAUUGAGUUAGAAAAUAGCAGGCCAAAAGCAAAACGACUUUAUGCAAAUUACAGUAAAGAUGACUGCAUGGAAGAUAAUACCUUGAGUAUAUUUGGAGAAGAGGAGGGAGAAGACGAAGAACUGGAAGCAGCUGCAAAUCAUUUAAACAAGGACUUUUACAGUGAACUUCUCAAUAAAGACCAAUUAAAGGAAAAAGAGUCUCCUGUGAGGCCACCUGCCCUAGAAUCCCUCCUUGGCCCUCUCCCCACUGCAGCCAGUCUUGGGAUAACGGAAUCUAUAAAAGAAUGUAUCUUGACUAAGGAUAGAGAUCACAAUGAAAAUACUGAAGAUGGUGAAUUAGAUCUAAGUGGAAUUGAUGACAGUGAAAUAGAUAUGUAUAUACUUAAUGAUUCAGAAGCCAAAAUCAAAGCAGAACUGUGGAUGAAGGAAAAUGCAGACUAUCUGAAGGAACAGAAGGAAAAAGAAGCAAGGAUAGCGAAAGAGAAGGAGCUUGGGAUUUAUAAAGAACAUAAGCCCAAGAAGUCUGCAAAGAAGCGGGAGCUGAUCCAGGCCAGCACAGCGGGAGAGGCAAUUGAAAAGAUGUUGGAACAGAAGAUUUCAAGUAAAAUUAAUUAUAACGUGUUAAGGGACCUCAACAGCAAAGGAGGUAGCUCACCAAAGAAAGACGAUGACAGCACUGAUGACAGCAGCAACACCAAGAAACUGUCAAGAAGAAAAUCUCUGGCGGCUCGGAAUGUGGCCAGCUUCGUAAACAGUGUGGGGAAAAGGUUAAGACCCUUGAUUUUGACACAGCUAGCAAAAAAGCCUGCGACAGAAGAGAUUAUGGAUGUGAUGUGGAUGAUGAAGAAGGAUACUAAUUGUCUCCAAAUGGGAUUGGUGAAAGAAGCUACCUGAUGAUGUAAACAGACCCUCCUGACUUCUGAAUGGAAGUUCUUUCCUUCGCCAUGGAUUCUGGUCAGUUUCCAUUGACCUGCAGCUUGGCACUAGGGCUUGGCUUUAGAAUACUUGAAAAUGUUUCUGCAUCAUGUAUUGAGAAAGGGAUUAAGCGAAGCAAUGAUUCCAGAGAACAAAGGAGAAGAGCCAAAUAGUUGGCACAGCACAGUGUAUGCUGUUGGACCUGUCUCGUGGCUGCCCUUGAUUCAGUCAUGUUGCUGUAAAGACAUACAUGAACAAGAGGAGUGCCUCAUACAGUGUGCAAAAACUCCACAUGGAAAAGCUUUGGACGUGGACUGUUUUCAGUCGGGGUGUGUGUGAUGAAAAGCACAUUCACCAGUAGAAGGAGCCUGACCCUGGCAUAAUGUCCACGAUUCCAUGCUAAAAAAUGGAUGAAUAAAUAACAUCAGUG